AUGGCCGUGGAGGUGGAGGUAGAAGUAAGGGCAGAGGAGGCGGCUGAGGGACGCAUAGCUGCAUCCACCCUUCGCUUCCCGGCCCAUCUCAUGACAGAUUUGAUCAAUAUGCUCAAACUAGGACCUUCUCUGUCGUCCUACAGGCCUCCUCCACCCAGGCAUGCACCAACUGCAAAGGGUCUCCUAUGUCCUAGUCCUACACGCCAGAGACCGAUGCAACCGGUUAGUGUGGAUGACAGUUUGAGAGGGUGUACCAGUGAGAGUGUACCUACAGAUGGCCUCGGUCACAUGUCUCACGGUGAAGUCUUGAAAGCUCUAAGAGUAUUAGAAGCUGCACUUCAGAGAUUUGAGAAUCAGAGACACACAAUUAUGACACAGUUAAAGGUUUUGGAAAGCAAUCUAACAACAGGACCUGAUGAAUAUUUGGGAGAUAGUGUCGGUUUGCUAGAAAUAAUUUCACUUAUCAACAAACACAGCGGUGUUAAGACUCUGCUGUCUCUGCUCAUGGUCCCUGACCUUGGAACAGGAUGCUGUGACCUCGACAAGUGUGAUCACUCAGCAACUGUUGGGAAUCUUCAAGCUACAACACUAACCAUACUCAACAUGCUCACUACACUGGACACAAACAUAGGAAGUCAGCUCAGUGACAGUGACGAGGUACUACAGAUCCUCUUCUCCCACAUGGUCUGCCGGGCAACAUACACCAGAGCCAUCACACUUAUUGAGCAUCUUCUUCUUCUGAGGAAGAAUACCCUGCAGUUGAAUACAAUACCUGGGCUAGAUCGCCUGAUAGGUCAGUUGGAUGGGGAGUAUCUGGCCAAUUUCUGUAGCAUCCUGGCUGUCACCAUCUCAGACCUUGAUGUUUAUGAAAACAAGUCUCUGUUAUAUGAACAAAGUAAACUCCGCAGUAACAUCAAAUGUCUCUCCCCAUUACGAGACAUAAACCAGGAAUUUGUUCUUAGCAUCCCAGAAUUUCUUCCCAGACUAGUGAACUUUGCCACAAAUCUUCCAUAUGAACCACGAUAUGAGGGCAUUACCAUGGAAGUUGAUCACUGGAUAAGGUUGAUAGAAGACUCAAUGUCUGAUGUCCUGAAUGAACACAACCCUCUUAUUGUCACAGAUCUGAUGGAAAGAAUACAACCUCAAGCCAUUGUAAACCAGCUAGAAGCUUUGACUAGCCCGAUGCUUCAGAGGGUUGAGAGCGUUUAUGUGUUAGGUCUCCUCUUGUUAGGGAAACAGCGUAAGGAAGUCCAGACACAGUUAGCACAGCUACGCCUCAUACCCCGACUCUCCCAGCUUUUUGACCUCUUCAUCUGGAAAUGUGAAACGUAUCAGGAGCGUGUACGAGUCCCAGGUCACCUAAGCUCUUGCGAAUGUAGUCCAGAAGUUGCCCUUAAAAUACAAUUUUUAAGAUUGGUGCAUAGCUUCUGUGACCAGUCCGAGUACAGAUAUCUAAUGCUGACGCCAGUAGAAUACCGUGAAGUGUGCAGCAUUAGUGCUGCCAAGAUGCUUAUGCAGGAACCUACAGUCAGCACACCUUCUACCACUCACUCAAUCAACAGCAACAAUACACAGGAAAGCAGAACACCCCCAACAGUAGCACAAGAGACAAAUAGAAUAGGAAAUAAUGAGUUGUCCAGCUCAGGCCUGAGAAUUGAACCACUUGGGGGCUCAGGAUCUUUGACACAAACCCCUGUAGAAUAUCCAGCAGAUCAAAUGUGCUCUGGUUCACAGGGUCUACUUUCGAAGAUUGUAGAGGCUCUGAAGAGAGAAACAACAGGAUCAACUUUUAGGUUUUGGUUUUCUCGAGCCAUUGAGAGUUAUCUCCGCAGUGCCAACCCCUAUGCAGAUCAAGUGUUUCUUCUCCGCAGAGGCUUAUUGAAGAAGAUCCACCAUAUAAACUAUGCAUUAACAAAGCAUAAUUCAAGUAAUGGCACCUCAGUUGAGUGUCAGACGCUGACCCCGCGACCCGUGGUCGCGGUCGGCCGACGGCGCACACCGGCAGACACUGUUCAACUGUUUGUACAGGAGUAUGAGCGCGUAUGCACGGAAGUGCAUACCCACGUUUGUGGAGGAAUGGCCCUUAUUCCCCGUAGGCGAAGUUUCGGCGGCGAUCAGGAUUGCUCCGGAGCAAAGAGUGCUAAAAAUCUCCGGUUACAGACAGGCCGCCCCGCACUGAUGAACCUUUGCACAUAUGAUAUUAGGACAAUCCACAGCGAUGAAGAAAUAUAG